CAUUUAUCUUAUCAAAUUAUGUGUUCAGUGCUUGGAUCUUAGCUAGCUAGUAGUAUUACUCCGAAUAUUAAAGUCAAGUAAAAAAUAUAUCCAAAAAUGGAUAUUCUAAACGAAUCUGUUGCUCUCGGCGUCGAUUUAAUUAUUUUAGGCAUCUGCGUACGUGAAUAUAUGUACAACAAGAGGGUUGCAGGACUAUUAAAGACUGCACCGCAAUACAACAUCGAUGGAGAUCUCAAAUCCAUUGUUGAACGGCAACAGACCAAAAGUAUACCAUAUGCGGUGAUCCGGGGUACUGUCACGCCCAUUGGCGUGCCCUUGCGCAGCUCGCUGGUUCCCAGUGUCAGCGGAGUGCUGCAGAUUGUGAAGCUCCACGAGCACCGGAUAUCCCGGGGCUUUUCCGGCUUGUGGAUGGAACAGUGCAAGCUUCUGCAUAAAUCUACCAACGAGAUGCCCUUCGAGUUGCGCAGUCAAGAGCAUGGCGUGGAGAUUGUGGAUGUCCUGAGCGCAGCUGUUCUUGAUGUGGACGUUGUCUACGACAGCUACGAGCCCUCUACACUCUCCGCCUUUGACCACAUCUUCGGAUUCUUCAGUGGCGUACGACAAAAAGGCAUCCAGACCACGGAGGAAGUUCUGCGCGAGGGCAGCUUCCUGACAGCCAUCGGAAAGCUAGAGCUGGAUGGAAACUCAUUGCGUAUGCAACCUUCACCGGAAGGAUCAGACCCUUUGAAGAAGGAGCGACCGGCGCGUCUAGCGGUGUUAUGA